CCGCUGGGGACCAGACUUCCAAGGCUCCCCAACCGGCGGGUCCCCGCGCACUGCCAGGAAUCCGUGUGCUCCCCAGGGCGCCACCGCGACUCGCGGAGCCAGCCUCAGCCCGUGUCCCGAGGACCCGGGUCCCCAGUUCUCUGGAUCCUGACGCACUGCUGAAGCUCGGCCGGGUGACCCUGUUGACGCUGGACCUUGCUGCAGCGAGGGACAGGGAGAGAAAUAGCGCGUGGAGACUGCCGGAAGACUGGAUCACCAGGAGGGCUUUCAGAACAUUGUCAAGGCACUCAUUUUUGUGGCUGCUUCCAGGUAACAAUGGCUGUGUGAGUGUCUGCCAUGGCCCACCGCAAGCGCCAGAACACUGCGAGCAGCAUGUUGGACCAUAGGGCCAGGCCGGGUCCUAUCCCCCAUGACCAGGAGCCCGAGAGCGAGGACACAGAACUGCCUCUGGAGAGCUAUGUACCCACAGGCCUGGAGCUGGCCACUCUGCGGCCAGAGAGUCCCACACCCGAGGAACAGGAGUGCCAUAACCAUAGCCCUGAUGGGGACUCCAGCUCUGACUAUGUGAACAACACAUCUGAGGAGGAGGACUAUGAUGAGGGCCUCCCUGAGGAGGAGGAAGGUGUUACUUACUACAUUCGCUAUUGUCCCGAGGAUGACAGCUACCUGGAGGGCAUGGACUGUAAUGGGGAGGAAUACAUAGCCCAUGGUGCACAUCCCGUGGACACUGAUGAGUGUCAGGAGGCUGUGGAGGAAUGGACGGAGUCAGUGGGCCCUCAUACUCAUAGCCACGGAGCUGAAAACAGCCAGGAGUACCCAGACAGCCACCUGCCCAUCCCAGAGGAUGACCCUUCUGUCCUGGAGGUCCAUGACCAGGAAGAAGAUGGCCACUACUGUUCCAGCAAAGAGAGCUACCAGGACUACUACCCCGCAGAGACCAAUGGGAACACAGGUGGCGGCUCCCCCUAUCGCAUGAGGCGUGGGGAUGGGGACCUGGAGGAGCAGGAGGAAGACAUCGACCAGAUAGUGGCUGAGAUCAAGAUGAGCCUGAGCAUGACCAGCAUCACCAGUGCCAGCGAGGCCAGCCCUGAGCACAUGCCUGAGCUGGAUCCUGGGGACUCCACAGAGGCCUGUUCACCCAGCGAGACCGGCCACGUACCCAGUAGGCAUGAGGCGAGGCCCAAGUCACUGAACCUUCCCCCUGAGGCCAAGCACCCUGGAGACCCCCAGAGAGGACUCAAGACCAAGAGCAGAACCCCAGAGGAGAGGCAAAAGUGGCCCCAAGAGCAGGUUUGCAAUGGCUUGGAGCAGCCAAGGAAACAGCAGCGCUCUGAUCUCAAUGGACCCACUGACAAUAAUAACAUCCCAGAGACAAAGAAGGUGGCAUCGUUUCCGAGCUUUGUGGCUGUUCCAGGGCCCUGUGAGCCAGAAGACCUCAUCGAUGGAAUCAUCUUUGCAGCAAACUACCUGGGCUCCACCCAGCUGCUGUCUGAGCGCAACCCCUCCAAAAACAUCCGAAUGAUGCAGGCUCAGGAGGCUGUCAGCAGGGUCAAGAGGAUGCAGAAGGCUGCUAAGAUCAAGAAAAAAGCGAAUUCUGAGGGUGAUGCUCAGACCCUGACAGAAGUCGACCUCUUCAUCUCCACCCAGAGGAUCAAAGUUUUAAACGCUGACACACAGGAAACCAUGAUGGACCACGCCUUGCGCACCAUCUCCUACAUUGCGGACAUCGGGAACAUCGUGGUUCUGAUGGCCAGGCGCCGCAUGCCCAGGUCAGCCUCUCAAGACUGCAUCGAGACCACGCCUGGGGCCCAGGAAGGGAAGAAGCAGUACAAGAUGAUCUGUCACGUGUUCGAGUCAGAGGAUGCCCAGCUGAUAGCCCAGUCUAUUGGGCAGGCCUUCAGUGUGGCCUACCAGGAGUUCCUGAGGGCGAAUGGCAUCAACCCUGAGGACUUGAGCCAGAAGGAAUACAGUGACAUCAUAAAUACCCAGGAGAUGUAUAAUGAUGAUCUCAUCCACUUCUCAAACUCGGAGAACUGCAAGGAGCUCCAGCUGGAGAAACACAAGGGGGAGAUUCUGGGUGUGGUGGUCGUGGAAUCGGGCUGGGGCUCCAUCCUACCCACUGUGAUCCUGGCAAACAUGAUGAAUGGUGGCCCUGCAGCUCGCUCCGGGAAGCUGAGCAUUGGAGACCAGAUCAUGUCCAUCAAUGGCACCAGCCUGGUGGGGCUGCCGCUUGCUACCUGCCAGGGCAUCAUCAAGGGCCUGAAGAACCAAACACAGGUGAAGCUCAACAUUGUCAGCUGCCCCCCAGUCACCACAGUCCUCAUUAAGCGUCCAGACCUCAAGUACCAGUUGGGCUUCAGCGUGCAGAAUGGAAUUAUCUGCAGCCUCAUGAGAGGGGGUAUUGCGGAGCGAGGUGGUGUCCGCGUCGGCCACCGCAUCAUCGAGAUCAACGGACAGAGUGUGGUAGCCACGGCCCAUGAGAAGAUAGUGCAGGCUCUGUCGAACUCAGUGGGAGAGAUCCACAUGAAGACCAUGCCUGCAGCCAUGUUCAGGCUCCUCACGGGCCAGGAGACCCCGCUGUACAUCUAGGUACACCCAGCCUCACCAUGGAGCAGGGACACCAGGCAGGCCCACCUGGACCCAGAGGAGCCAGAAGCCAGGACGAGGCCCUGACCCCUGACCCCGAAGCCCAACCAAGAACUCUGGCUCCCCUGAAGGGUGCGUCCUCGUCACCUAGUUUUUUUAGUUUGAUUUGGUUUGGUUUUUCUUUCUAUCUUUUUUUUUUUUUUUUUUUUUUUUUAGUUUUGUUUUGGGUUUUGCCAAAAAAGAAGGGGGAAAAAAGAAGUAUGUCCUUACUGAAGGAGAGUCCCAGGACAAUCCUUUGUAGAACCCCCCAGUCUCUUGCCACAUUGUCGUCACCGUCACCGCUGAUGAAGGGUGCUCACAGGUAGUUCUGUGUGGUGUGCUGUGUCUUUCCUCCCUGAGGCUAUGAAAUGUGAAUGUGGUGCCCGCCCACGUGGCUGUGAAGAGAGCCCUCCGUGAUGCAAGCGCAGCCUUCUCGGCCCUUUGGCUGGGCCACCUGGGGUCCAGCCAAAUCCUGAAGGGGGCCUGUAGGCUGGCAUUGCCUCCGUCUUCACAGGAGCAGGGGCAGCCUGGCUCCCAGGGCGAGAUUUGUGCCGAGUGUGAGAACCUGUGAUUGAUUGUAAGUAUUUACACAGCAAGGGGAUACUCCCAAGUUAAAUAAUGAUAAUAAAAAAAAAUGAUGGUCACGAUGUCAAAACUCCAUAUUUAUUUAGCAAAUAAUACUGUUUGGACUUUGACCUUGGCAAACCAUUCUUCAGAUGUUUAGGUUUUCCGAUACCCUGUGACCACAGCUGCUUCUCUUGUCCUAGCCUGUUCUGAGUCCCACGAGACCCUGUGAAUUUCCCUGGGCACCCUCACUUUGACCCCUUCUCUGCCACAGGGCUUCCUAUUAGGGAGCAACAUCCUGCCAGAGACAAAGGCGGAGGCAUGGGAGAUGGUCUUAUUUAAAUAACAACAACAACAACAAAAUCUAUCUAAGCAUACAUAGACACACACACACUCUGUCCCCAACAAAGGAAGCCCACACCGGAAAACCCACCUCUGCCCUUCCUGAAGGGACCAGCGAGAGUGCAAACGACUUGCCGAGUGAGGCCCUUGGCCAUCCUGCACGGAGCAGUGUGAGUGCAAACGGACCAAGGAGCGCGGUGGCUGGCUCGGCCCAUUAGAGAUCCGUGUUAACUGACAUCAUUUGUCUGGCAGUCUCUUAUUUUGGCUCAGGCCAUGAAGAAUACACUGUGACUUAAGAAGCCUUACCACGCAGUAACUAAAGCUUUAGGAUUACUGUAUUCGAGGAGUAACCUGUGUGUUGCAUGCAGCUGACCCUAGGAAGACUUCGCGCAUAUCGCUAAUAAACCUGAAGUCAUGACCAAAA